GAUCAAGCAGGCCAUAUUUUAAAUAAAAACUGUAAUUUUAUGGAUUUUGAUAUGAUAUUAGUCCUAGAUUUUGGAUCUCAGUAUAGUCAUUUGAUUAUUAGAAGAUUUAGAGAGUUAAAUAUUCAUUCAGAAUUAUUUUCAUGUAGCUUGAAUAUUAAGGAUUUGAAAUGGAGGCCUAAAGGGAUCGUUUUCUCUGGAUCACCAUAUUCUGUUUAUGCAGAAGAUGCACCUCAUGUAGAUCCAGAAAUUUUUGAAUUAGGUAUUCCUAUACUGGGAAUUUGUUAUGGUCUUCAAGAAAUAGCAUGGAGGAAUGGGAAAAGUGUUGUUGGUAUUGAAAAACGUGAAUAUGGACAUGCAAUUUUAAGAAUUUUGGAAAAAGCUCAAAACUUGCUUUUUGAUGGAAUAGAAGCGACUCAAGAAGUAUGGAUGUCACAUGGAGAUGCUCUAUCAUGUCUUCCUGAUGGAUUUUUUUCUAUAGCAGAGACAAAUAAUUCGCCUUAUGCAGCAAUUGCGCAUGAAAGUAAGAAUAUUUUUGGAUUACAAUUUCAUCCUGAAGUUACACACACGAAUUGUGGUAUUGAAAUAUUGAAAAACUUUUCAGUUAAAAUAUGUAAAUGUUCUCAGAAUUGGACUAUUGAGUCUUUUUUAGAUAAGAAGAUCGAAGAAAUUAAACAACGUGUAGGUGAUGAAGAUCAUGUGAUUGGAGCAGUUAGUGGUGGAUUGGAUUCUUCUGUAGCUGCUAAGAUUAUGAAAGAGGCUAUUGGUGAUCGAUUUCACGGAGUUUUUGUUGACAAUGGGUUUAUGAGAUUAAAUGAAUGUUCUGAGAUUGUCGAAACUCUAAACAAGCAUCUUGGAAUUAAUCUUUCUGUAGUAGAUGCUUCUAAUCAAUUUUUAAAUAAUCUUAAAGGUGUAAAAGAUCCUGAAGAUAAAAGAAGAAUAGUUGGAAAUACGUUUAUUUAUGUAUUUAAGGACGAAACUAAAAAAAUUAAUGCUAAAAUUGAAAAUAAAAUAAGAUAUCUAGUCCAAGGAACUUUAUAUCCAGAUGUUAUUGAAAGUGUCAGUUUUAAAGGACCAAGCCAAAUUAUUAAAACACAUCAUAAUGUUGGUGGUUUAUUAAAAAAUAUGCCUUUUGAUCUAAUUGAACCUUUAAGAGAACUUUUUAAAGAUGAAGUUCGAGAAUUAGGCAAACUCCUUGGAUUACCUGAUGAUCUCAUUUGGAGGCAUCCUUUUCCUGGGCCUGGACUUUCUAUAAGAAUUCUUGGUGAAAUUACUCGUAAACAAAUAGAAAUUCUACGCCAAGCGGAUUUUAUUUUUAUUGAAGAAAUUAAAAAAGCGGGGAUAUAUGGGAAAAUUAGUCAAGCAUUUGUAACUUUAUUACCUGUAAAAACAGUAGGAGUAAUGGGAGAUAAACGAACAUAUGAACAAGUUGCUGUUCUUAGAGCAGUAACUACUGCCGAUUUCAUGACUGUUGAUGUUUAUGAUUUUGAUAUAAAGUUUCUUAAACAUGUUAGUGCAAGAAUAAUUAAUGAGGUUAAAGGAAUAAAUCGUAUUGUUUAUGAUAUAUCUACAAAGCCACCUGCUACAAUUGAAUGGGAAUAA